AAUGUCAGUUAAAAGCCAAAAAUAUCGGACAGUUAUCGACAAAACUGGUGACAACGGGACAGCCAUUCUAACGGCCAGUACUACUACUACUACGACUACCGGUGCCACUGGUAGUGGUGGUGGUAAUACUGACAACGAUACGGUAGUUACCAAUGUAUCGGAUAUUGUCGGACCCUGGGGUCGAUGGCAGCUCAAUAUAUUUGCCUAUUUUUUCAUCGGUGCCAUGUGCUCGUGUUGGCAUAGCCUGGGACUGUCGUUUUAUGCGCCAAACAUUAGCUACUGGUGCCAGAAACCCGAUAUAUAUCAGAAUAUCAGUGAUAAUGAAUGGAUAGAGAGGACAGUUGGCAAUAAUAAUAAUAAUAAUAAUCAGGAUAUUGACUACCAGUGCCAACAAUAUGGUAAUCCCAGUCAACAGUGCCUCAGCUGGCAAUACGAUCAAUCAUUUUGGCGGUCGACUAUUAUUAGUGAAUGGGACAUUGUAUGCAAUCGGGCACAGUUAGCCUCACUGACCCAAUCAGCUUAUAUGGCUGGUGUUAUGGUCACUGUUGUCGUAAUGGGACAGUUGUCUGACAAGUAUGGCCGGCGCCCAAUCAUAUGGGCCGGACUUAUCAUUGAACUAAUAGCUGGACUAUCAUCGGCUUUCUCCAUAUCUAUUGAACAUUUUAUUAUAUCAAGGUUUGCAUUGGCUUACGGUGCCAGUGCUCGAUGGGGAACGGGAUUUGUUUUAUUACUGGAAACAGUUGGUCCAGAAUACCGGGCUAUCGUAGGUAUGGCCAUUGAAUUUGGUUGGGCACUGGGCUAUAUAGUAAUGCCCGGUGCUGCCUACUUGCUCAGGGAUUUUCGUUGGAUACAACUGGCUGUUACCCUACCCGAAAUGGUACUAUUGUUAUGGUGGACAUCGCUGCCCGAAUCGCCCCGUUGGCAGCUAACACACGGCAAGUUUACCGAUGCCGAGUCGGCAUUGCGUAGAGCGGCCGAAAUCAAUGGCCAUCCGACCCAUACAGUAGAAACCAAACUCAAAAAACUGAUGGACAAAGCACUAGCCGACCGUGAUGAACAGGAUCGUAACAAUUCAAAGUCAUCAAUACUAGACUUGUGUCGCUCGAGGGCUAUGAUCAAAAAUACCCUGAUAUUAUAUUUUUCAUGGUUUGUCAACGCACUUAUCUAUUACGGCCUAUCCUUAAACACUAACAAUUUAGGCGGCAAUCCGUUUAUCAAUUUCCUGUUGGCCGGUGCUGUCGAGUUUCCAGCCUAUGCCCUCUGUAUCUAUCUAUUGAAACAGUAUGGUCGCCGAUUGCCCCAAUCAUCGGCUAUGUUGGGCGCCGGUAUCUCCUGUCUGCUAACCAUACCAUUCAUAUCAAAUGAUAUGGUAAUACCCCGGGUCAUAUUUGCCAUGAUUGGCAAAUUUUGCGUAACCUGUAGUUUCGGUAUGAUCUAUGUCUACUCGGCCGAAAUCUACCCGACCGUUGUCCGCAAUGUCGGUGUCGGUUCCAGUUCGAUGGUCGGCCGUAUCGGUUCAAUACUGGCACCGUUUGUCAAGGAACUGGGUAUAUACACACACCUGACCGUACCGUUUGUUUUAUUCGGUGUCAUCAGUAUAGUCGAUGGACUAAUGGUAUUGUUAUUACCCGAAACCAAGGACAGGGAUAUACCCGAUACUAUUGACGACGUGACCACUGCUGGCCAAUCAAAGUUGACGUCGCCAUCGAAAAGUUAUACAACCAAUGGUUACACAAUGAAAGUGGUCACCAAUGGUAGUGAUGGCCACACAAGCGAUGAUAACAAUAUCAAUGUUACCAGUCCGGCUGAUGGUAAUUGGUUGAUAUUGAGAGGUAACGACUGUUCCGAUCAAUAUCUAUACGAUUGUACAGAUAAUAAUCAGCAAGCUCAAAUUAUACAGUAUUGUCUGAAAUGUCAACAAGAUAGUUUUGUCGGUAGCUAUGGUAAUGAUUAUUGUCCGGCAUUUAUUAGCACUGCUACUGGCAAUCACUAA